AUGGCCGCCAACUCGGACCGAACUCCCCUGGUGUCACAUUCAGAACCACCCGCACAAAUAAAUGUUUCCGGAGAACUGCCAUUCUUGAAACUAUCAGAGCAGGCUAGAAGAGAACAUACCGAAGACAGCGCGGUCAAGCAGCCAAUGCUUCCUACUACGAGUACGCCAAUGCCACCGGGGCAACCAGACCCGGAGAAAGGCCCAGAGCCGGAGAAGGGCCCGGAUGGUCCCCCGCCUCCAUAUUCUGCCUUUGUACCAUGGCGGCGUCGUUUCAUUCUCAUCGUCAUUACCGUGGCGGGCUUUUUCGGGCCAUUGGCAGGCGGCAUCUAUCUUCCUGCGUUGCCAGUGCUGGAGCAUGAGUUCCAAGCCAGCGCAACAGCCAUCAACAUCACCGUAUCGGUGUUUAUGCUGACCUUUGCCUUCGGGCCACUAUUUUGGUCGAGCUUUGCAGAUUGGAAGGGUCGCCGGCCCUUGUAUCUGAUCUCUAUCGCGAUUUACAUCGGCUCCAACAUCCUCCUGGCCGCGGUUCCGGCCAACUAUGGCGCACUGGUGUUUCUGCGCAUCGUCCAAGCCUUCGGCUCUUCCGCUGUAGUCUCCAUGGGGGCGGGAUCGGUCGCUGAUACUACGGAACCAAAAGGCCGAGCAUUCGCCAUGUCCGUCUUCCUUACCGGCCCUCAGUGCGGCCCCAUCCUCGGCCCCGUUAUCGGUGGUGCUCUGGCAGAGGCAAACUGGAGAUGGAUCUUCGGCUUUCUUGCCAUCUCCGGGUUUGCGCUCUGGCUUGUCAUUCUCUUCGCACUACCAGAAACCCUCCGGGCUCGCGUUGGCAACGGCGCUAUCUACGAAAACCGAGGCGUCUUCUUUUGGCCACCACAGCUGUCGUCCCCCCUAGCUCCCUCCUGGGCGCGAGGCCCACCACCACCCAUCCCGACACUCAAAGGGUACUGGCGCCUCUUCGCAUACGCCCCCAUCGGUAUCGUUACUGUAAACACAGCUCUUCUUUACUCCACCUACUUUGCGAUCGCGGUCCAGCUGCCAAUAGAACUGGCAGCGCGGUAUUACUGGUCGCCCGCCGCUGUUGGGGCGGGUUUUCUCGCUGUUGGUGUCGCUAUGAUUGUUGGGUCUCUCUGUGGCGGCCGCUUCUCGGAUUGGCGCCGCGCGAGGGCCGUAAAGACGGCGCCCGAUGGCAAGGUCGACCCAGAAUUUCGACUGGCCGAUCAGAUCUGGGGAGUGUUGGUGUGUGUCGCCGGCUGCGUCAUGUAUGGGUGGCUGAUCCAAUUCUCAUGCCAUCCGGCGGCGGUGCUCUUUGCGACGUUUCUGAGUGCGCAUUCCCUAAACUAA